CCCGGCGGCCCGAGACCCUGCUAGGCUGCGGCGGCAUGGCCCGCGCGCCCGGCGCGACCUCUGCGGAUUGCAUCGGUGUGCGGCGGCGGGGCAUGCCCAGGGCACCGGGCGCGGCCUUCAAUGGGCGAGGACACGGACACGCGGAAAAUUAACCACAGCUUCCUGCGGGACCACAGCUAUGUGACAGAAGCUGACGUCAUCUCCACUGUCGAGUUCAACCACACUGGGGAGCUGCUCGCCACAGGUGACAAGGGUGGCCGAGUGGUUAUCUUCCAGCGAGAACCAGAGAGUAAGAACGCGCCUCACAGCCAGGGUGAGUACGAUGUGUACAGUACCUUCCAGAGCCACGAGCCAGAGUUCGACUACCUGAAGAGCCUGGAGAUAGAGGAGAAAAUCAACAAGAUCAAAUGGCUCCCGCAGCAGAACGCCGCACACUCACUGCUGUCCACCAAUGAUAAAACCAUUAAAUUAUGGAAGAUCACCGAACGAGACAAGAGGCCCGAGGGCUACAACCUGAAGGAUGAGGAGGGGAAACUGAAAGACCUGUCCACGGUGACAUCACUGCAGGUGCCUGUGCUGAAGCCCAUGGACCUGAUGGUGGAGGUGAGCCCCAGGAGAAUCUUUGCCAAUGGCCACACCUACCACAUCAACUCCAUCUCUGUCAACAGCGACUGCGAGACGUACAUGUCGGCGGAUGACCUGCGCAUCAACCUCUGGCAUCUGGCCAUCACUGAUAGGAGCUUCAAUAUCGUAGACAUCAAGCCAGCCAACAUGGAGGACCUCACGGAGGUGAUCACAGCGUCCGAAUUCCAUCCCCACCACUGCAACCUCUUCGUCUACAGCAGCAGCAAGGGCUCCCUGAGGCUCUGUGACAUGCGAGCAGCUGCCCUGUGCGACAAGCACUCCAAGCUCUUUGAAGAGCCCGAGGACCCCAGCAACCGCUCCUUCUUCUCAGAGAUCAUCUCCUCAGUGUCCGACGUGAAGUUCAGCCACAGUGGGCGCUACAUGCUCACCAGGGAUUACCUCACGGUUAAGGUCUGGGACCUGAACAUGGAGGCGAGGCCCAUAGAGACCUACCAGGUCCACGACUACCUGCGGAGUAAGCUCUGCUCCCUGUAUGAGAGUGACUGCAUCUUUGACAAGUUUGAGUGUGCCUGGAACGGGAGUGACAGUGUCAUCAUGACGGGGGCCUACAACAAUUUCUUCCGCAUGUUCGACCGCAACACCAAGCGGGAUGUGACGCUGGAGGCCUCCAGGGAGAGCAGCAAACCCAGGGCGGUGCUCAAGCCGAGGCGCGUGUGUGUGGGCGGCAAGCGGCGGCGCGACGACAUCAGUGUGGACAGCUUGGACUUCACCAAGAAGAUCCUGCACACGGCCUGGCACCCAGCUGAGAAUAUUAUCGCCAUUGCAGCCACCAACAACCUGUACAUCUUCCAGGAUAAGGUCAACUCUGACAUGCACUAGCCGGCCUCAGUGGCCCUCCUCGGCCACCUCUGUAUGGAGGCAGGAUGAGCACGGUGGCCAUUGUAGGGACAUGAGUCCCUAGGCUGAAGUCGCCUUGGAUGGUGAUUGCCGGUUUAAACAAAGGGAAGGAAGGAGCCUCUCAGUCACAGGUGAUAAAAUGGAUGUGCCUGGCAGGCCUUGGUCCCAGGCUCCUUUGUUUACGGCCCUCCUGUCUCAGGCUGGGCCUUUCAUUAAUAUCAGGACUUUAUUCAUGUCCAGGGUGAUUUUUACUGCAGCGGGUCAGUUCCUGUCAGGGAAAGUGAAACUGGUCCCUGAUGAGGCUCCCGAGAAAGAGUGCACACACGCCAGUCAGGAUCUGCGGGUCCUUGACGGAGCCAGCCGUGUGCCCUGGCUCGGUGCUGCUGGUUCAUGUUGGAUUUUAGACGGUUGGAUUCUCACUGAGCGCUGGCAAUGCCAGCUCCUUGCUUGGGUGUUUGGGAUAUCUUUCCAUAUUCUAGGUGCCAGGCCAGGGCAGGUUCUGAGAGGUGGAGCCAAAGUCCCACGGUUAAUCGUGAGGCAGGGCUGAGUGCCAUGUGUGGGUUUUCCAGGCU